AUGGAGAGGGAAAGCGGUGGUGCAGCAGCAGGGGAAGCAGCGACAGCGGAAGCAGCGGAAGCGACGGCAGCCGAAGGGGUGCGAACUCUCAGGUCCUGCCAAGCUAAAGGUUGCACCAAGCGGCCUUCGUACGGCAUGGAGGGCAGCAAGAAGCAGGAAUACUGUGCCGAGCACAAAAAGGACGGGAUGGUGGGCGUGAGGAACAAGUACCUAUGCGCCCACCACGGUUGCACCAAGCAUCCAACAUUUGGCGUGGAUGGCAGCAGGAAGAAGGAGUUCUGCGCCAAGCACAAGAGGGAAGGAAUGGUGGAUAUCUUCACCAAGAGGUGCGUCCACCAAGGCUGCACCAACCAUCCAUCAUUUGGCGUGGAUGGCAGCAGGAAGAAGGAGUUGUGCGCCGAGCACAAGAGGGGUGGAAUGGUGAACUUGGUCAACAAGAGGUGCGCCCACCAAGGCUGCACCACAAGGGCAUCGUACGGCGUGAACGGCAGCAAGAAGACGGAGCUCUGCGCCAAGCACAAGGCAGACGGCAUGGUGGAUAUCUCCCACAAGAGGUGCGCCCACCAAGGCUGCACCACAAGGGCGUCGUACGGCGUGGAUGGCAGCAACAAGAGAGAGUUCUGUGCCGAGCACAAGCAAGACAGGAUGGUGAACUUGUGGAGAACACGAGGAGCCGCGUCCAGCGAGCGAGUGCCCCAGCAGCCGCAGAUGAAAGAAAAUGUGCGGGUUCUCGACACGGUCGACCCCGCGGGAGCUCCUUCGGGCGCCGACGAGAGGGAAUCAGCAGGGGGAGGGGCGGGCGCAGUUCGUGGGAGGUGGAUGCCAGCAUGGAUCCGGUUGUUCAGAUCUCUCCCCCGUAGACGUACGUACUGUUGUAGACAGUCGGCAUGA